CGGAUGCAGAGAAGCGAGACAGGAACGCGAUGGAGAAAUCCUCCAUCCAGAAGGACACUCCUUGGCCAGGAGAUGACGACGUUCACGACCAUGUGACCCAGAGAAGCCAAGGGUUCCUAUCCCUCUUGAACUCCAGGAUGUCCACAGAGCUAAUGCCACAGACGGUGGUGCUGCACGGUGCCGCGGGCGUCGGGAAGACCACGCUGGCCAAGAAGUGCAUGCUGGACUGGACGCAGGCCGGCCCGGCCCGCGCCCGCCCCGCCGCCCUCUACCUCAGCUGCAAGGCGCUCAGCCGCAGGGGGCCGUGCACCCUGGCGGAGCUGCUGGCCGACAGCGCCCCGGGCCCGCGCCGGGCCCUUCCGCGGCUGCUCGCGCGGGCGCGGACGCUCCUGCUGGUCAUCGACGCUUUCGAGGAGCUGCGCGUGCCCGCCGCGGCGCUGGCGCGCGACCUGGGCGGCGACCGGGGCGCGCGGCGGCCGGCGCCCGUGCUCCUGGGGGGCCUGCUCAAGAGGAAGCUGCUCCCCGCGGCCACGCUCCUGGUGACCACGCGGCCCGAGGCCCUGGGGGAGCUGCGGCUGGUGGUGGAGCAGCCGCUCCUGGUGGAGGUCGAGGGGCUCUCGGAGCCGGAGCGCAGGGCGUAUCUGCGGCGACAGCUGGGAGGCGAGGCUCAGGCGCGGCGCGCUUGGCAGCUCAUGCGAAGCAACGCGGCGCUGCUCCGCCUGGGCUCGGCGCCCGCCGUGUGCUGGAUGCUGGGCGCCUGCCUGCGGCUGCCCGCGGACGAGGGCGACGACCCGGGCCGCACGUGCCGCACCGCCACGUCGCUGCUGCUGCGCUUCCUGUGCAGCCGGGUCGCGCCCGCGCCGGGCAGCUGCCCGCGCCCGCGCCCCCGGGCCCCGCUGCGCGCCCUGUGCCUGCUGGCGGCCGAGGGCGUGUGGGCGCAGACCUCGCUGUUUGAGCCCCGGGACCUGCGCAGACUGGGCGUGCGCGAGGCCGACCUGCGCCCCUUCGUGGACCGGAGCCUCCUGCUGGAGAGCGGCGAGUGCGCGGGCUGCUACCGCUUCCUGCACCUGAGCCUGCAGCACCUCCUGGCGGCCGCGCUCUACGUCCUGGGCGGCGGCGAGGGCGGCCCCGGCUGGGGCGCUCGCGGGGUGCGGACGCUGCUCUCCAAGGAGGAAGGGCGCCGGAACCCCCACCUGGCCCACGUGGGGCGCUUCUUGUUCGGCCUCGCCAACGAAGACAGGGUCAGGGAGCUGGGGGCCGCCUUCGGCUGCCCGGUGUCCACGGAGCUCAAGCACGAGCUGCUGGCGUGCACCGUGAGGUCCCCCGAGAACGGCCCCUUCUCCUCGGUGACGGACACGAGGGAGACCUUGUGCCGUCUCUACGAAUCGCAGGACGAACCGCUGGUGAAGGAAGCCGUGGCCCAGGUCACCGAAGUGUCCUUGCACUUGAAAGACCCCACGGACCUCGCGCACGCGUCCUUCUGCCUCAAGCAUUGCGAACGGCUGCAGAAACUGCGUCUGCGGGUGGAAAAGGGCGUGUUCCUGGACGACGACACCGCGUCGGGGUCCGAGGCCCAGGCUGCCGGGUCACAGUAUGACCAUCUCUUUCUCCAGAUCUGGGCAGAUCUCUGCUUGGUGUUCAGUUCAAACAAGAGCCUCUGCUUCUUGGAUGUGAGCCAAAGCUUCUUGAGUUCCUCCUCCGUGAGGAUUCUUUGUGAGCGAAUAACCCGUGUCACCUGUCAUCUCCAGAAAGUGGUGAUCAAAAAGGUCUCCCCUGCCGAUGCUUAUCGGAACUUGUGUCUAGCUGUCAUCGGUAAGAAGACUCUGACCUACCUGGUCCUGGAAGGUGGUGGCCACAGUGACAAGCUGCUGCUGCUGUUGUGUGAGCCACUGAAACACUCCAGAUGUAACCUGCAGUAUCUGAGGCUGGGAUCCUGUUCUGACACCACUCAGCAGUGGGCUUAUUUCUUCUCAGCCCUUGAAGUCAACCAGUCCCUCACAUGCCUGAACCUCACAGCAAAUGAGCUCCUGGAUGAGAGUGCCAGGUUGCUGUGCAAGACUCUGAGACACCCCAAGUGCUUCCUGCAGAAGCUGUCGUCUGCCUGAAAGUCUGUAGCUCACAGUGGAAGGUGUGUGCUGUUGGAAGGAGCAACCACUCUGCAGGGCGUAAGUCAGAAGAAUCCAACAGUCUUUGCAGGUUAUCACGUUGCAACAUAACCAGACGUGGCUGUAGACA